AUGUCUUCUGACGAAGUGGCUGUGGCGGGGCUCUGCGUCUUCGAAAACUGCUCCUGCUGCGUCAGGGAUACAGAACCUUGUCCAGAUUUGGAGCAACAGUGUCUCUCCAAACACGGAUACAGCAACCAUACCUGCAUGUCUGACGAAGAAGCUCUGUCGGGGCUCUGCAAGUACGACAACUGCUCCUGCUGCGUCAAGGGGACUGAUUGCGCGCAGACUUCCGAAUGUCAAAUUGCGGACGGUCGCUGCGACAGGACUUGCGUGGCAGGAGAGGAACCGGUUAAUGACAAUUGCCUCGAGAGUUGUACUUGCUGCACCGAAGGCAAGUGUCCAGAGACCCAGAACUGCCGCGACAGAAAUGGAAUCUGCAGACCUAUGUGCACCAGCACAGAGACCUCAAUCAGCGGGAUCUGUGGCACCGAUCUUUGCUUCUGCUGCGUUUCAGGUCCUCCAAACUCAUAAGAUGGAACAAGCUGUCAAAAGAGCGAUGCAAAUCUUUUAAAUGUUCGCUUUUAGGUAAU